CUAUUGGGUGUCACCGUGUCGGGUGGCGUGUCGUCUUCUUCCUCUUCCUCUCGCCGAGCCGAGCUCUAACCCAUGCGAUUUAGCCGCGGAGCUUUUACUUCGAGCUGAAGAAUUCCUUCUCUCUUUUUUUCCCUCCUUUAACCACAACUCGAGCUGGAAGAUAUUCGACCGAGCACUUUUGCAUUUUGGAUCUCACACUGUAGUCGCGAUCUGAUCUCUUCACGAUCGAUGGCAUGAAUUGAAACCGAAGGAACAGCAUCGGGGAUCGGAGUGUAGAAUACCGGCGACUCUACAGGGUCGUGGAUUCCCAGUCCCCGAAGUUCAGGGCUUCUGCUUUGAUCUGAGAGGGGAGGGAGGCGAGAAUGGCGGCGGUCGCAGUCCACCAGUUCGCUCCGUGCAUCACUUGCCAUGCCUGGAGUGCCGACCGCUCUAUGGUUGCAUUCUGUCCGAACAAUAGUGAAGUUCACAUUUACAAACUUUCAGAAGACAAGUGGGAACGAGCUCAUAUUCUCCAAAAGCAUGACCAAAUUGUUUCUGGAAUAGACUGGAGUGCUAGGUCAAACAGAAUAGUAACAGCGUCCCACGAUCGAAACUCAUAUGUAUGGAAUUAUGAAGGAUCAGAGUGGGUACCUACCUUGGUAAUCCUCAGGCUAAACCGAGCUGCACUCUGCGUUCAAUGGAGUCCAAAAGAAAACAAGUUUGCUGUUGGAAGCGGGGCAAAGACAGUGUGCAUAUGCUACUAUGAGCAAGAAAAUAACUGGUGGGUCAGUAAACUCAUCAGGAAAAGACACGAUUCAUCUGUAACAAGUGUUGCUUGGCAUCCUAACAAUAUUCUUCUUGCCACAACAUCAACAGAUGGAAAAUGUCGUGUAUUUUCAACUUUUAUUAAAGGUGUUGAUACAAGGGAUUCCAAAGGAGGGUCUUCAUCUGACUCAAAAUUCGGGGAGCAAAUUCUUCAACUGGACCUCUCAUUCUCCUGGGCAUUUGGUGUAAAGUGGUCACCCAGCGGCAAUACCUUGGCUUAUGUCGGUCAUAGUUCUGUGAUUUAUUUCGUGGAUGAUGUUGGUCCUUCCCCAUUGGCACAGAACGUUGCAUUCCGCGAUUUGCCCCUCCGUGAUGUGCUAUUCAUAUCUGAGAAAACAGUCAUUGGUGUGGGAUUUGACUGCAAUCCAAUGGUUUUUGCAGCAGAUGAAAGUGGCAUUUGGAGCUUUGUCAGAUUCCUUGGGGAGAGGAAGACAUCAUCUAUCGGUCCCAAGUAUGGUUCGCAGUUUUCUGAAGCAUUUGGGAAACUGUAUGGCCAGUCAAAGCAUGGUAUGAACAAUGAUGGCGUCGACAAUUCGAGACAGCGAGGAGGGGUUCACGAGAACUGCAUAACUUGUAUUGUGCCACUUGGCGAGGCCGGGAGUUCGACCAUAACACGCUUCAGCACUUCAGGACUGGAUGGUAAAGUGGUGAUUUGGGACCUGGAGAGUCAACAAGACCUAUUAGAAUAUCUGUAGGAAACUUUCUUUGUACAAUGAUAUGAUCCACAUAAUAAUAUCAGACUAACAGUUUGUGCUGUAGCUAUUCAAUUUCCUUCUGAUGGUUCUUGAAAAUGAACCCCUCUCUCUCUC